AUGUCACGACCGCACCUCACAGCUCUGUCUCGCGAGAUCAUCUUGCAUAUCUGUUGCCUCCUCCGAAAACCCGACCUUUGGGGCGCCCCGCAAAAUCAACCAUCCCUCGCAGCGCUCGCCCUGACUUGCAGCUAUCUCAGUAAACCUGCGCUCGAUGUACUUUGGAACACAAUAGGGUCUCUGGUGCCCUUGGUGGCGUACACACUUCCGGAGGACCUGUGUACCAUCGUACCCGUGACCGCAGAAGUUAGCUCACGAGAACGCGCAGUCAAGUAUUAUGUGAUAUUUCAUCGAAAGCCGGUCACGAUAGACUUCCUUCGCUUCUCCACGUACGCUACCCGCGUCAAGGCGCUCAGGGCCGAAGACAACGACAAACAACUGUUCAAGGAUCAUGAGAUCCCCUUCGACGUCUGGACCUCGCUGCUGCUUCAUGGACCGCAACCUCUACUCCCGAACCUGCGUACUCUCUACCACUCAGAAAUUCAUCAGCACAACAUGUACGAACCUGGGAUUGCUGGUCGCGGCCCUCUGUAUCGUUCGGAGCCCCUAUUCAGCUCCCAGUUGAGUGAGGUGUCCCUCGAAUUCGGAGAUUGGUCAUCCGAUGAAUGGCGACCCACGGAAGUGGUGGAAAGCCUGUCCUAUCUGUCUCCGUUGGUAGAGAACCUCACCAUGGCUCAGCCCGGCAUGUUCUAUCGCAACACUCUCAAACACGAUCUCAAAAUGUCAGCACGACUGUCCGGCUCUGCAAUCGGAACAUUCCAACACCUGUUCAAAUUCGAAUCGUACUGGAUGUACGUUUCGCCCACCGCUCUCUUGUCUUUGGGGUCAUUGCGCAAGCUGCAAGAACUUGUCGUGCAUGUCGAUCUGACAGAGUAUGACUGGGAAGCCUUUCCGCACGGAAGGCACCUUGAUCUCUUUCCCGCCCUGAAGGAGCUCGUCGUACUCAGGCCGUCCAUCGAGUGGUGCAUCGCAUUCUUGAACGUCGUCACGUCCCCCUCGCUCUGGAGAGUAUGCAUCCGGAAUGAAGAUUCGGAGCCCGGCGCGUUGCCGGACAUGUUAUUCGAGGCCCUCUGUACGUCCAUCGCGAAUCAUCCAUCCUCCCGAAACAUCGGGGAAGUCGACCUCACCAUCGGUCGGUGGAACAGCAUAAUGCCUCAGGUCUAUCAGUCCCGGCACAUCGCCCCCUUACUCUCCUUGCCCGCGCUUCAAAAACUUUCCAUCGACGGCUACUGCCUAGUGGUCAUAGACGAUGCGUUCCUGGAUGCCGUCACAUGGUCCUGGCCGAAUCUCCAGUCUCUCGAGAUUCGCUGGCCUCACAUUUCUAAGCCGCCACUUGGACCUGGAGACCCGCAGCCGGGAGAGCUUGGCUAUCCCAAGGCCACACUCGCCGGCGUCCUCCUCCUCGCGCGCUAUUGCCCUCGCCUCACAUCCCUCAGCUUCCCCAUCGACAUGCGCUACGUUCCUCGCCUCGACGAACAACGGCCUCCAGUCCCCCUAUGGCCGUCGCACGAGCCCCCGCUCGAGGAGUUUUGUCCAUCGGGCUCCGCGUUCCGAGCGGACGAUGCACAGGCUCUCGGCAUGUUUCUGUCUGUGAUAUUCCCGACACUCAAAACGUUCGGGUUUCCGUGGCAAGACUACGGUAACUCUGGGAAGGUGAUGGGUCUGCAUCGGCGGUACUUGAAGAUACGGUGGCAGGAGAGGAGGUGGACGCUCGCAAACGGGCGGCGUUUCCGUGAACCCGAACCUGACCCAUAUUCGUGCGAGGAAGAAGGCGAAGAGGCCAAGUUGAUUCUAUAUCCACUUGCCACCACUUACAGUGCGGUGUGUAAUGUGCUCACGGAAUACCAUAGUACACGCUCGUUCCGCAGUGCUGAGGUUGAAGCUCGAAUCUUCAUGGCAGUCAAUGCGGAUGCGACGUUAAGAGGGGGCACGCAUAGAGGCGAAGUAGGACAGGCGAAGGCGCAGAAACGGCAGAUAGCCUGCCCACCAAAUCAACCUUCCCUCGCCGCACUUGUAACGACUAGCAAGUAUCUCAGCGGUCCCGCGCUAGAUGUACUCUGGGGCACACUAGUGUCUCUGGUACCACUGCUGGCGUACACACUUCCCGAGGACCUGUGCGCAAUCGUUCCAGCUGUUCCCGGAUUCCGCUAUAACGGGAAGACUAUCGAGUAUCAAGUGAUCUUUCGUCGAGAACCCGCUGCGGAAGACUUCAGUCGCUUCUCCAUAUAUGCGAGCCGCGUGAAGAAACUCGGUCCAGGCCUGAACGUGUCGUUUUUCAAGAGCUGCGACAUACCCUUCGACGUGUGGGCCAGACUGGUUCUCUAUGGGCCUCAACCCUUGCUCCCGAACCUGCGCUCGCUCUCCCACACUGAGGUCCAUUUGCACAACCUUGACCGCCCUGAUAUCGCCGGCCGUGGCCCUCUGUAUCGCUCAGAACCGUUGUUUGGCCCCAGGCUGAAAGAGGUGAGGGUCACAUAUGGAGUUUGGCCCUCAGACGACCGGCGACCUACGGAGGUCAUCAGGAGCUUGUCCUACCUGUCUCCGCUGGUGGAGAGUAUCACUAUGUGUCGAUACGACUUCCGUCACUGCGCAGAGCAGCCAUCGGGAGCGCGACUGGACGGACUUGCGAUCGGAUCGCUCCUCCACCUGGUCAAGUUUGACUCGUCCGAUGUGCGUAUCGCGUCCGCCUCCCUUCUAGCGCUGGGAUCCUUGCCCAAGUUGCAAGAACUUGUCAUCUGUGUCGAUCCGACGGAGUACCACUGGGAGUUCCUGCCGCAUGGAAAGCCCGGCAGUCUCUUCCCCGUCCUGAGGGAGCUCGUCCUGUGCGACAUCCCUUUCGAGUGGUGUGUCGCCUUCAUGCCCACUAUCGUAUCCUCCUCGCUUUGGAGAGUGUACUUUGCCGACGACGAAUCCCUCACGAUACCGGGUAUACUCCUCGAGGCUCUCUGUGCAUCCAUCGCACACCAUCCAUCCUCCCAUAAUAUUAGAGAAGUCGGGAUCAAUGCCUGUCGUUGGCACCGCGUCAGGAUGCCUCAGGUCUAUCAGCCCCAGGACAUCUCCCCCUUGCUUUCCUUGCCGGCACUUCAGGAUUUAUCCAUCCGUGGCUACUGCAUAAUCGCCCCCGACGAUGCGCUCCUGAGCGCGAUCACAUGGGCGUGGCCAGAUCUCAGAUCUCUCUCGUUCAGCUGGCCCUGCCUUGGCGGGCUCUCAUCCAGUGAGACCAGGGAUCCGCUGCCCGGGGAGCUCGGCUACCCCAAGGCGACGCUCGCCGGCGUGCUCCUCCUCGCACGGUACUGCCCGUAUCUCACAUCCCUCGAACUUCCUGUCGACAUACGCCAUAUCCCCCUUCUCGACAAACGGCGGCCCCCUAUCGUUCUCUGUCCGUCCUGGGAACCUCCCCUCAAGAGCCUUGACGUUUCGGGCUCCACAUUCCUUGCGGACGCCAACGUGUCAGCUCUCGCCAUGUUCCUCUCUGUGGUGUUUCCGCGACUGAGCACGUUCAAAAUGAAUCGGGGCGAUUCGGGUACCCCGGCCGAGGCGGGCGUUUUCGUGAUCCCGAACCUGACCAAGCGUGAGGCGAAGCUGAUGACGAGCAGGAGAUUCAUCGUGCUCCUUCGUGACCCAACCCCGGCGGACUUUGCGCGUUUUUCCACGUAUACAAACCGCGUGAAGAUGUUUCAUCGCGACGACAGGGUUCUAAAAUUCUACGAAUACCAAAUAUCCUCCGAUCUGUGGGCCGCAGUGCUCCGUCACAGCCCGAAACCGCUUUUCCCAAACCUACAGAGGCUUCAACACGUUGAGACGGACUAUGACUAUCGACGGGAACACAUACUCGAACGCGGCCCUGUGUACCUCUCGGAGUUGUUCUGCGGGCCGGGAUUGAAGGAAGCGGAUAUCGACUACGGCGGAUGGCCAUCCGACGAGCGACGGCCCACCGAGCUGGAGGGCCUGGAACUAUCAGCUGGCGUGGGUAUGCACACCCGCCUUCGGAGGCACGAAACCGCGUCGUUGUCCUGUCCAGAGAUCGGGCAACUUCACCACCUCGUCAGGCUCAGCGCCUUCACCGUGUACGUUGCGCCUUCAGCGCUCGUGGGCCUGGCGUCUCUCCCGAGGCUGCGUGAGCUCCUGCUCCAUGUCAACCCGGAGGAGUACGACUGGGACGACCUACGACAUGCAAGGAAGCGAUGCGGAAUAUCCUUCCCCGCUCUCGAGGACCUGGAGCUGUACGAAAUCUCCCUCGAGUGGUGUGUCGCGUUCAUGCACACUGUAACGUCUUCCUCACUCUGGCGGGUGAAGGUCGAUGGACGGGGAGGCACGACAGUCCCUAGUAUCCUGCUAGAGGCUUUCUGUGCAUCCCUGGCUGAAAAUCCCUCUCACGACACGGUACAGGUGCUCAGCAUCAACACUGGCCCGGGUUGCAAUACCAAGACCGUCAAACGGUCCAGCGAGAAGGGCCUCGCAGACGACGCCAUGCUUGACGCCAUGACAUGGGCGUGGCCCAACCUCGAAUCCCUCGCGUUCUGCUGGCCAGACGGACCGGGGUACCGGCUCGAAGACUUCGUCUACUACCCCCAGGCGACAUUUUACGGCGUGCUUCUACUCGCCCGCCACUGUCCACGCCUCACCACCCUCGAGCUCGCUGUCGACAUGCGAUGCAUCCCCGACUUCGACGCGUGGAGAUGGGGGCCCCCUGUGUCUCUAUGCGCGGACGACGCGCCUCCACUGAAGAGUUUCGAACUCGCUGGCUCCGUAUUCCGGGAAAGCGACGCGCUUCCCGUGGCUGCGUUUCUCUCAUUGGUAUUCCCCCACUUGCACACCCUAGGCAGUCCCUUCGGCACGACGUGGCCCGAGAUGGAGACCCUUUAUCGGAAGUUCCUAGCUACGCGCUCCUCUUCGUUCCACCCUUCAACUUCAACUUCAAGGCGCAUGUCUCGGCCAGUGUCCAUCACCAGUCUACCCAAAGAUACUAUUUCACAUAUCUGCACUCUCCUGCUCAAACCCCGAAAAUUCUCGGGUCCUCCAAGACAACCAUCCUUGGCUGCUCUGGCGGUGACAUGCCGUUACCUCAGCGAGCCGGCCCUCGACGUGCUUUGGCGCACGCUCGCGUCCUUGGUACCGCUGGUGCCGUAUACGCUUCCUGAGGACCUCUGCGCAGAGUUCCUUCGCGACCCAACUCCCAACGACUUCAAACGAUUCUCGAUGUAUGCAAGCCGCGUCAAAGUAUUCCAUCCCAUGUUUGGCACAGCGGCCUCCUGGGCCGGAUAUGAAGUGCCCUCUGACCUGUGGACCAGCCUAUUCCGUCACGGGCCCCAGCCACUGUUGCCCAACCUACGGACGCUCCACCAUGAAGAGGCGCUAGAGUCAAUGGUGCGGACACCCCGGGAGAUCGGACAAGGCCCCGUAUACUUCUCAGAGCUGCUUUAUGGACCAGAGCUGCGAGAGAUCGAGAUCGACUGGGGUGGCUGGCCUUGCGACAAACAUCGUCCCACCGAGCUCGUCCGGGCAAUGUCGGACGUUUCUCCGGUCGUGAGGUGUCUGAUCCUCUCUUCCAGCAUGAAGCUCGAUCUCUACGCUCGGGAAUGGUUCAAACCGGGUUUGCUGUCCUGCCCAGAAAUCGGGAAGCUUCGCCAGCUCGUCAAAUUCAGCUCGUCCAGCGUGCGAGUCGGACCCGCGGCUCUUGUGGGACUGGCUUCCAUCCCUACCCUACAUAAGCUCAGGGUGUGUGUCGACCCGGAGGAGUACGACUGGGACGCCCUCCCGCUCGGAAGAUACGGGGCUUUCUUCCCUGCAAUCGUGGAGCUUGUGCUGGAAGAAGCCUCUUUCGAGUGGUGUACCGCGUUCCUCCAUAUCGUCAGUUCCCCUUCGCUUCAACGCCUAGACCUGGGUGGUUACUACGCCGAGACAGCGCCUAGCAUUCUAUUCCAGGCUCUUUGUGUUUCCAUAGGAGAGCAUCCGUUCCGGGGAACCCUCCGUAAUCUCUCUAUCAACGCCGACAGAUCCCAUGGCCAAGAACGCGCUUUGACGAACAUCUACGCAUCACGACACGUUGCGCCUCUUCUGGCUUUGUCCGCGCUACGCCAUGUCUUUGUCAGUGGCAUAUUCCAAGUUAUCCUUGAUGAUGCCAUGCUGGAUGAGAUGUCACGGGCGUGGCCAUAUAUCGAGGACCUCCGAUUUAGCUGGGAAUGGAACUGUCCCCGUCCUCACAUACGGAGGCCCGACGGUGCCAACUACCCCAAGGCGACGCUCGGCGGCUUGCUUUCCCUGGCGCAACACUGCCCCCAUCUCACAUCGCUCACGCUCGCCGUCGACAUGCACUCGGUCCCGGACCUCGACGGGCAGCAGCCGCCGGUCGCCCUCUGCGCGGACCAUGCGCCGCCGCUCAACGACUUCGACUUCACGGGUUCCGCGUUCGAAUCGGCCGACGCGGCGGCCGUGGCCGCGUUCUUCUCCCUGGUGUUCCCCCAGAUACGCAGGUGGAAUGCGGGUGGCACGGAAUGGCCAACGAUGUGCGGUCUUUACCAGACAUUCGUGGACAUACGGUGGCAGGAGCGGGGACACGCCCGCAGGGGCAGGACGCGUCCCCGAUCGUGGCGAGCGGAUUCCGAAGAGUACGUGCAUGAAACGAGCGACUCCGAAUCCUCAGACGGCGGCUGGCUACAGGGUGAUUACGUUCCCAUGAACGGGUUGUAG